AUGACCAAAGUUCACCGUGAGAUGGAAGGCGUCGGCCGAACCGCGGGCCACGGACCGUACAAGUGCCAGGAGUGCGGCGAGAUGCGCGCGAAGAAGGACUUCUCGCAGAGGCAGCUGGAACUCCCGAAGAAGGUCGGGAUCACGUGCAGGCACUGCAACGAGCACGACAAGUUCGAGAAGAAGGAAGACCGCCGCAAGUCGCUCGAUGAGGCGAGGAACGCGCACAAGAAGAACGCCGAGAUCCACAACAAGGGUAGGCAGGUGCACCAGACGUUCCACUCCGUCACCGCGUAG